AAACUUAUCAAAAAAAAAUCCACAACUAAUCAAACGAAGCAAAAGAAUUUUUUUCUCAACAAAACGCCCAAAAAAUUUACAACUUUUUUUGUUAAAAAAAUUUAAUUUGUUGUAAUUUGUUUAAUAAAUCGCGAUACGAAACAUUCCGAACGGUGCACAGUGCAUACACUAGAAUAAAAUAAAAACGGAUCCAACAUGAACUUUUUGGGUUUUGGGCAAUCGGCUGAAAUCGAUAUUGUUUUCGAUGGUGCUGAAAAUAAGAAAACUGCUGAGGUCAAGGCAGAGGAUGGGAAAAUGGAGAAAUUGUUACUUUACUAUGACGGUGAAACGGUGUCCGGAAAGGUAAAUGUUACACUCAAAAAACCUGGUAGCAAAUUAGAACAUCAAGGUAUAAAAAUCGAAUUCAUUGGACAAAUUGAAUUAUACUAUGAUCGUGGCAAUCAUCACGAGUUCAAGUGUAUCAACAAGGCACUAGCACGUCCCGGUGAUUUGUUGCAGAACACCAGCUACCCCUUCGAAUUCCCCAAUGUGGAAAAACAAUUUGAAAUCUACAACGGAUCAAAUGUACGAUUGCGUUAUUUCCUGCGUGCCACCAUUAUCCGACGCAUCAGUGACAUUACAAAAGAGGUUGAUAUCGCUGUACACACCCUGUGCAGUUAUCCCGAUGUAAAUAAUCCCAUUAAAAUGGAAGUUGGCAUUGAAGACUGUUUGCACAUUGAAUUUGAAUACAACAAGAGUAAAUACCAUUUGAAGGAUACAAUAAUUGGUAAAAUCUAUUUCCUUUUGGUACGCAUUAAAAUAAAGCACAUGGAAAUUGCGAUUAUAAAGCGAGAAUCCACCGGCAGUGGGCCGAAUACAUUUACCGAAAAUGAAACAAUUGCCAAGUUUGAAAUUAUGGACGGGGCACCCGUCAAGGGUGAGAGUAUACCGAUACGAGUCUUCUUGGCUGGCUAUAAUUUAACGCCGACAAUGCGUGACAUUAAUAAAAAGUUUUCGGUGAAAUAUUUCCUCAAUUUGGUAUUAAUGGAUACCGAGGAUCGUCGGUACUUUAAGCAGCAAGAGAUUACGCUAUGGCGUAAGGCGGAUAUACCUCGGUAUCAUCAUGCUCACAGUCAGCAUCAACAGGCCGCUGUGGCGGCCGGUCACAAUACACAUCCUCAACAUGCACCGCCACAUUUGGUCAGCGGUCCACCAGCACCAAUUGCUGCCGCUCAACCAACAUUGAUUAGUAGCAGCAGUGAGGUGGGUGGUAAUGUGGCGGCGACGGCCGCCCAAUUACCCAUUGGCACCGGCACACCAACGACCAUGGUGCCUGAGGGAGGCAAAAUGGGAUUGUUUACCCGUGAAAGUCCAAAUCAGGAAUUCUUACAGGAGGAAUCAUUGCCCACAUCACCGGUAACACCAUCAGCUGGUAGUGGUAUACCCAUAGAACGGGGUAUGGGUGAUGGUGCAGCUGCCGUGAGUACUUCGCCAGUUAUGCUAUCAACAACGCCCCCACCAUUGCCAGCAGCAACGGCAACAGCAUCAACGACGGGCAGCAACAAUUUGGCGGCAUCAAUUGAAAACUUGAAAGAAUCUGCUGAUGAUUUUCUAGACAAUAUUCCCAUUGGUGGCGGCGAUGGUGAUCGGGUGGUAAAUGAUUCUCUGGAUGGUGAUGAUGAUAAACCACAAGUUGUACCGGCUUCAAAUGAUUUCUUGGAUAGUGAUGAUGCUGUUACAACUGGUAGUGGUGGAGCUUGA